UCUCUACGAUCUUUUGCUAAGGGUAUACUAUAUAGCGAAUCAGAGCUGAGAAAGCACGUUGCAGCAUUGCAUCAGAAAGGCCUUCCUGCCUACUCAACGAAACCUCGAGGCUAUCCACUAGCUCUUAAGCCCUGGAAAGAUAAAGCCCUCGUCAGAUAUAUAAUGAGGCUUAAUAUCAGUUGCUUUCCUUCUCUCAAGGAUAUGCUUGUUAAUGCUGCCAACAAUAUG